AUGGAAAUUUAUUAUAAACGUCAUCCAUUACUUUAUAAACAAUCAACAGUAGAUAGUUAUGAUGAUAAUUUCGAAUCAGAUCAUGAAAGUCAAUUUGAUGAUGAUGAAUCAGAUUUUGAUGAAUGUAUUUCAUCAAUAUGGUCUUAUGAACAACUUCUUAAUACAAAUAUAAAUACUGAAAAUGUUAAAAUUUCACAUACAGAUAUUGAAUAUAUGUAUGAAAUAUGUUGUACGGUAUUUGACAUACUUGAACAUGUAUGGAUGGUUAAUAAAAAUUGUCAAUUAAUUGAUCUGAAAAUUGAAUUUGGUAUAACAACUGUAGCACCAAAAGAGAUUGUUGUUGCUAAUAUAUAUGAUGUUGAAACCUGGCAUAUAUUACGACCUAUAGAGAAAACAAUAUUAUCUGGUAAUGAUUUAAUACAAGAAAAUCUUGUUUGGAUAAAUAAUUCCUUACGAGAUAUACUUGAUUUAAAUAUAAAUAUACCAUUAACAGCUAAAUUACUUUCAAGACAUGAUAAUGAUGAACAAAAAAAAUCUAAUAUUAUUCCUGAAUAUGAUUCUAUUGAUAUAAUUAAUGAUAAUUUAUCAUUACAUCUUUAUUCAACACCAACUACACCAUCAAUAACAAGUCGUUGUGUUAUUAUAUGUGCAUCAUUACAUGAUAUUGAAUAUGGUCAAAAAAUGAAAACAAUUCUUAAUGAUACAUAUAAUAUACAUUGCGAUAUACGUCUUUAUUCAAUAUAUAAAUCAACUCAAACAAUAUUAAAAUUUUUAUCAAAUUAUGCCUAUGAACAUUGUCGACCAACUGUUAUUGUUACACUUGGAAAUAUAAAUAAUGGUCUUGCUAUGUGUUUAUCAUCAAAUUCCCAAUAUCCAAUCAUACAUUGUUCAUUAAUAAAUAAAGAACAACAAAAUAAUUUAUUUGAUAUUAAUUCAUUUAUAUCAAAUGAUACAUCAUUAUUUACAAUUGUAUUUACAUUACCAAGUGCAAUACAAAAUGUUAUACAAAUACUUGCAAUGAAUGAUUGGAAAUUAUGGACAAAAUUACGUGGAAGACGAUUUAAAAAAUAUAUGGAUUUAAUUAUAGCUGAUCAACAAUUAUUAACAAAACAAACAAUGAAAACAAAUACUAAUGGUCUAAUGAAUAAAUAG